AUGACUGCAGCAAGACAGCACAAACAGAUCGGGGACUCAGGCUACUUCUGCUGCAGGGCAGGCUUCAACUGGGUCCUCUCCUUCACCACGCCUACUUUCAACCGGGUCCUCUCCUUCACCACGCCUACUUUCAACCGGGUCCUCUCCUUCACCACGCCCACUUUCAACCGGGUCCUCUCCUUCACCACGCCUACUUUCAACCGGGUCCUCUCCUUCACCACGCCUACUUUCAACCGGGUCUUCUCCUUCACCACGCCCACUUUCAACCGGGUCCUCUUCUCCACUACUAUACACCAGGUCCUCUUCUCCACUACUAUACACCAGGUCCUCUCCUCCACUACUAUACCACCAGGUCCUCUUCUCCACUACUAUACACCAGGUCCUCUUCUCCACUACUAUACCACCAGGUCCUCUUCUCCACUACUAUACCACCAGGUCCUCUUCUCCACUACUAUACACCAGGUCCUCUUCUCCACUACUAUACCACCAGGUCCUCUUCUCCACUACUAUACACCAGGUCCUCUUCUCCACUCCUAUACACCAGGUCCUCUUCUCCACUACUAUACACCAGGUCCUCUUCUCCACUACUAUACCACCAGGUCCUCUUCUCCACUACUAUACACCAGGUCCUCUUCUCCACUACUAUACCACCAGGUCCUCUUCUCCACUACUAUACACCAGGUCCUCUUCUCCACUACUAUACACCAGGUCCUCUUCUCCACUACUAUACCACCAGGUCCUCUUCUCCACUACUAUACCACCAGGUCCUCUUCUCCAAUACUAUACACCAGGUCCUCUUCUCCACUACUAUACCACCAGGUCCUCUUCUCCACUACUAUACCACCAGGUCCUCUUCUCCACUACUAUACCACCAGGUCCUCUUCUCCACUACUAUAUCACCAGGUCCUCUUCUCCACUACUAUACACCAGGUCCUCUUCUCCACUACUAUACCACCAUGUCCUCUUCUCCACUACUAUACACCAGGUCCUCUUCUCCACUACUAUACCACCAAGUCCUCUUCUCCACUACUAUACCACCAGGUCCUCUUCUCCACUACUAUACCACCAGGUCCUCUUCUCCACUACUAUACCACCAGGUCCUCUUCUCCACUACUAUACCACCAGGUCCUCUUCUCCACUACUAUACACCAGGUCCUCUUCUCCACUACUAUACACCAGGUCCUCUUCUCCACUACUAUACACCAGGUCCUCCAAACAGCUGUUUCACUUUACACACAAAUCACUUUACGUUUUCUUGUUGUUCUUGUCUUAUUUUUUUUCUCUCUAUCUUUUUUUUUUUUUUCUUCUCACCCUGUACCUCAAAAGUCCAGCUGAGAAG